AUGCCGAUCUUCGGGCCUUGGGACUCAGUGGAGCUAUGGGUGCGAUGGAGGCCGUACAACAUCCAGGCUGAGCUUCUUUGGCGCGGGACAUUCGCCACCUUCUUCCUGGCGUUCUUCCUCGCGGCCGCAAACCCAAAGGUGUGCAACUCGAUCGUGGCCUUUUUCGCGUGGCACGGCAUCUGUCACAGCAUUUCAAUGUUCGUGGACAACCGAAUUUUGCCGGCCGACGGCAACGAUAAUCUGGAGCACUUGCUCGAGAUUUCCGUCUUCAUGGUUCUUGGCUUGACCAACUGCUUCGUUGGGACGAAGGUUUGGUUCUGA